AUGGAGGACUGCCCUCUAGUCUGGGUGGCAGACAAGCAGGCGCUGCAGGAAAUGGUGCGCCACCUCAGCGCCGAGCCGCGGUUCGCUUUGGACGUCGAGCACAGCCCCAGGGCGUACCACGGCAUCACAUGCCUCAUCCAAAUUUCCACGGGCGCAGUGGAUUAUCUUGUCGACGCCCUGGCGCUGCAUGACUCACUGGGGCAGCUGCUGGGCCCGCUGCUGGCGGACCCCCGCGUGCUCAAGGUGAUGCACGGCUGCGCCAACGACAUCUCGUGGCUGCAGCAGCUGGGGUGCUACCUGGUCAACGUUUUCGACACCGAGAAGGCCGCGCAGGUUCUCGGCAAGGAGGAGCGCAACCUGGCCUGCCUCCUGCGGCAGUUCUGCGGAGUGGUCCAGGACAAGCGCUACCAGUCCGCGGACUGGCGCACGCGCCCGCUACCUGUGCAGCUUCUCGCCUACGCGCGGGGCGACGUGCACUGGCUGCUGCACCUCGCAGACUGCCUGGUGCUGCGGCUGGUGGCCGACGGCGCCACCGCGGGGGCGGCUGCAGCGGCCGGCAAGGAGCGGGUGCGCGGCCAGAACCGUCGCUACAAGCGGCGGGAGGCAGCUGCGGCGGCGGCAGCGGCCGCUGCGGCAGCUGUCACGACCUCCGCCUGGCAGGACGCGGGGCUGAGCCAGGCUGGGGCUGAGUUUUUUGCCGAGGCUCAGGAUCACUUGCGACAGGAGAGCAGUGUUGAUGAUUCGAGUGGGGUGGAGCACGAACAGCAGGGUGUGCUAAGUGAGCAGGAGCAGGAGCAGGAGCAGAAGCAGAAUGGUAGCCCCUCCGCACAAGCAGGGGCGGUCCUGGCUGCGUUGGCUGGAGGGGCCGGGGGCGUGGCUGCACCCCUGCCUUCAUCUGCAGCCGCAGGUGCCGGCGCGCCCAUAGCGUCAGAGGCUGCGCGGCCGCUGGACGCAGCAGCGGCAGCGGCCGAGCCGCCGGCAGAGGUGGUGCACGUCCAGGGACACCAGGAGGUAUCUGCAAAGGCAUACCCACUGCUGGCGUCCGCCAUGCGCAAGAGCCAGGCCAUGACCCAGCGCCUCUGGCAGAAGACGCCCUCCGCCAUCGCCGUCCGCAACGCGGCGAGCGCGGUGCUGCGGCGCUACUGGCAGCAGCUGCAGAUGCAGCAGCGCCUGCUCGACGGCGCCGCGCCCGCUUCUGCCCCAGCGCCCGCGUCGGGCCUUCCGACGCCGCCGGCGACCGCCACGCUGCCGCCGCCGCCGCCGCCGCCGUCGCCGCUGCCGGACGAGCCCGCGGACGCGCCCACCGCGCUCGGCGCCGUGCGCCUGCCCGCCCGCCCGGCAGGCGAACCUGCCGCGCUGCAGGCCGCGGCAUGGCAGGUGGACGGCGACGCGCAGGUCCUGGCUGUGAGGGACGCGGUGUACGCGCUGUGCGCGUGGCGUGACAGGGCGGCGCGACACGAGGACGAGGGGCCGCAGUUUGUGCUGCUUGACGCUGCGCUGCUGGAUCUCGCGCGGUCGCCCCCGCCAGACCGCCGCUCGCUGCUGCGCCGCGCCGCCGCGCACGCCGCGACGCAGUCGCUCGCGGCGGCCGCGCAGUCGCCGCUCUGCGCGCAGCGCUACGAGGCCUCGCGGGCGCUGCGGCGCGGCGCGGGCCGCGUGCUGGCGCUGCUGCGGGACGCGCGCGAGGGGAAGCUUCCCGCCCCGGAGGCCCACGGGGACCCGCUGCUCGGCGCCGCGACCGGCGGCCACGCGGGCCGCGGCGGCGGUGCGGCCGGGCGCGCAGCGCUGCAGGGGCCGGCGGCGAAGGCGGCGGCUGACGAGGCGCGGGCAGCAAAGCGGGUGGAGCGGAUGAUCAACAAAUUCAGUGUGAAGAGCCAGGUGUACGAAAACUGCCGGAUGCUGAGUCAGAGCGGGGAGCUGCUCUGUUACUGCGACACCAAGAAGCUGCAGUGGUACCUGGAGAAGGGCAUUGCGGAGAAGGUGUGCGCCGACCCCCCCACCAUCCGUCUGCUGUUUGAGCACACUACCACGGACCAGGACAGGGGCGCUGACGCCUUCUACACGGCCUCGCGCGAGAACCGCUGCGUGGUGUGCGGGGAGGGCGGCCACUACCUCAGGUACCGCAUCGUGCCGCAGUGCUACCGCCGCAACAUGCCGGCCACGCUCAAGGCCCACCGCUCCCACGACAUCGUGCUGCUUUGUGUGUUCUGCCACCAGGCCGCCCACAAAUCCGCGGACCAGGUCAAGCGCGCCCUGGCCAGGGAGUUUGGGGUGCCCCUGCACCCGGCCCUGGUGCUCACACAGGACGGCGGCGGCGGCGAGGGUGUCGGAGGCCUGGGCGUCGGCGGCUUUGCAGAAGGCGGCAGUGGCGGCAGUGGGGGCGGCGGCCGGCCGGCUGGCGCGGCGCUGGCGGCGGCGCGGCGUGAGGCGCUGGCGCGCAACGCGCGUCACGCGGCGAUUGCGCUGCACAGCGGUGGCGACAAGAUACCAGAGGCCAGGCGCCGGAUGCUGGAGGGCUGGGUGAAAGCCUACCUGGGGCGCGCCCCCGCGGAGGAGCCCCCUGGGGCGGCUGUGGUGCUGGGGGACGACGAGGCUGAUGAGCUGGUCGAGGAGGCAGCUGCUGACCUGGAAGAGGAAGCUGCCGCCUCGGCCGCCGCCGGCAGCGACCCCAUGGUCGGCCCCAACGGCCGCCACCGCCACCGCGGCGGCGGCUGCGGCUUCGGCGUCGCUGGGGGCACGGAGCGCGGCCACCAGUGGCACGGCGAGCAGCUGGUCAAGGCGGUGCUGGCCAAGUCUGGGGAGGCGGGGCUGCACGACAUGGCGCGGCGCUUCAGGCUGGCCUUUGUGGACGCGUGCCGGCCGCGGUACCUGCCCCAGGGCUGGAGCGUGGAGGCCGUGCUUGAGCGCGGGUUCGGGUCUUUCACCCAGGCGGCACGAGCGGCGGGCCCACAGCGCGCCCCCACAGCAGCGGCCUCCUCGGGCUCGGCCGAGGGGGUGUUUGAGGAAGCGCGCUGCGCCAUGGCGUCCUGCGACGGCAUGCAGCUUGCAAUGGCGUGA